CCACACACCAAACCCCUCGUGUGUGGUGCAGUCACUCACAGAAAACAGUUGCUGCUGCAACACACUGUGUUUGUCCUCUCUGGGUCUUCACGCACGAGAAAUGCAGAGGGACGAUGCUGGCACAGCGCCCACUGCAGUCUGCACAUCCCACUACUAAAAUCACGCCUCGCUGGCUUCCCCUCUAAUUGGCUCCUCACCAGCCACCGUGGAGAGCUCACCUGAUUUAAUUGGACUAUCGCGAGCAAGUUGCCCGACUGACGUCGAUUGGUUGACUGCUUCCAAUUGUCUCGGAGAUAGCUGAGGGUUUUUCACGCAAGCCUAAUUGAACCCCGUAAAGCGCUGCCGCACUCGAGCGACGGAGGGACGUGCCGCUCAGCUCAGCAGGCCGACGACACGAGCGUGAGGUAGUCACGGACUUUCAGCCCGUGGAUGGAUGCAGGACAGAGGGCUCUGAGCGUUUCGGCAUGGACCACAUAGGGUUAAAAAAACAAAUCAUUUAAAGGCUACGUUUUUGAUCUUGUGGCCGAACAGAACAGGCGCAGGAGCGUUUACUUUUUGCGCGUGGAUAAAAACUCUGGAAUAGACGGGUUUCUCCCAAGAAGGCAGUGCAGAAAGAAAAUAAAAGUGGUCGGUGCGCCCCUGCGUUCGGAUCCAUGGGUUGUACGGUGAGCGCCGAGGAUAAAGCUGCCGCGGAGAGGUCAAAGAUGAUUGACAAAAACCUCCGAGAAGAUGGAGAGAAGGCAGCCAGAGAAGUGAAACUGCUUUUACUGGGUGCUGGGGAGUCUGGAAAGAGCACCAUCGUAAAGCAGAUGAAGAUCAUCCAUGAAGACGGCUACUCGGAAGAUGAGUGUAAGCAGUACCGUGCAGUGGUUUAUAGUAAUACCAUCCAGUCUAUAAUGGCGAUUGUUAAAGCCAUGGUCAGCCUCAAGAUAGACUACAGCAACCCUGCCAGAGUGGACGACGCCCAGCAGCUCUUUGCUCUUUCUGCAGCUGCUGAAGAACAGGGCAUCCUUCCAGACGACCUGGCCAACGUGAUCAGACGAUUGUGGGGUGACAGCGGCAUACAGAGUUGCUUUACAAGGUCGCGAGAAUAUCAACUCAACGACUCUGCAGCAUAUUAUCUGAAUGACCUGGAGAGGAUAGCUAAAGCAGAUUACAUCCCCAGCCAGCAGGACGUGCUACGGACCCGUGUUAAGACUACCGGCAUUGUUGAGACUCACUUCACUUUCAAGGAACUGCACUUCAAAAUGUUUGAUGUGGGAGGCCAACGCUCGGAAAGAAAGAAAUGGAUCCACUGUUUUGAAGGAGUAACGGCCAUUAUUUUUUGUGUUGCACUAAGUGCUUAUGACCUGGUGCUGGCUGAGGAUGAAGAGAUGAACCGAAUGCACGAGAGCAUGAAGCUUUUCGACUCCAUCUGCAACAACAAAUGGUUCACCGAAACCUCCAUCAUCCUCUUCCUCAACAAGAAGGAUCUCUUUGAGGAGAAGAUCACCCGCAGCCCCCUUACCAUCUGCUUUCCCGAGUACGCAGGAGCCAACAAGUUUGACGAAGCUGCCAGCUACAUUCAGACUAAGUUCGAGGACCUGAACAAGAAGAGGGACACCAAGGAGAUCUACACCCACUUCACCUGUGCCACCGACACCAAGAACGUGCAGUUUGUCUUUGACGCUGUCACCGAUGUUAUUAUUAAGAACAACCUGAAAGACUGUGGUCUUUUCUAAAGGACGAUGCCAGACGCACACAGACUGCAUGAGAGACUACGAUAGCCAUGUGAUGAUUACUGCUUUUCAUAAUGAAAACCAUAACAGACUUGAUUCCUAGAGGGGGAAACUGAACUCCAACACUGAUUUGCAAUCAUCACAUUCUCUGUCUUAUGUGUUAUUAUUAUUUUAUAUAUGUGUGUAUGUAUAUGUAUAUAUAUAUAUUUCUUACUGCUCUUUGCCAGGGGUUUUAGCCAUACUGCAAACACGUAUUUGAUCACUUACCCUCUAAUUCAACAAGAGCAAUCAACUAACAAUCAAAGCACUCACCACGGAUUUGCUGUUUUUAAAAAAAAUUGUUUUAUGACAUAAAUUGUAUUGGUUUAAAUGGAAAAUAACUAUUAUAAGAGCUGAAGGUUAGCAUAAUCAGCAGACAUUAUCUCAUCACACCACAUGGCCCUUGAAAAAAAAUAUCAAAUUAACAUAUUUUUCACCCUUGACCCUGACUUUCACUGGGAACUUUGUUAAAAUUGUAUUUAUUUCUGUCAUUUUUGUUGUAUUCAGAUCUUUUAUUGCGGAUCGGUUAAGGAGGUAUAAUUUUUUGUUUUCAUUUUACGUUGCCCUUUUCUUUUGCAGUUUAUUAAGAAAAUGCAGUAGAUUUUGUACAAAUGGCACAUUAACUUCUGUUAGUCUGCAUUUUACGAACCUUUUGACUGCACCGAACUUUUUUUUUAAGAAUAAUACAAACAUGCAUGGAGAAUGAAAAUGGAUGAAGGGAGAAAAAAGUUUUUGUACACCGUUUACACAAAAUCACUUGUACUAUAGUGCAUUGUUCUGCAUGACUGUCCAUAGAUUAGCCUGUACCCCCUUACACAAACUGAAUUACAUUCCUUACGUAACUUCUUUAAAGAAACAAAACAGAAAUGGUCAUGUGUCACUUUAAAGAUAUCUGCAAGAUAUCUUUAAUUUUGCAGAUAUCGCGGCUCUGUCUGCUCCUGACAUGGAUUGUUCUGUACUGUUUCUUUCAUUCCGAGUUUAUGUUUUACAUAUGUUUGUGCCUUGAUAUCUGUUUACACUUGUUCUUUAGAAACAUGCUAUCUCCAUAGUGUGAAUUAGGGCUAUUUCUACUCCACUUCCGUUCACAGGAUCCACGACUUAAGGUGCACCUUGACACCAUGAUAAGCAGAUGAUAGACGCUCAUUAAUAUUAAGAUUAAAAAAGAACUCAUUCACUUGUUAAAUGUAAAUAAAAGUUUGGUCACAUGAA